AUGUCAUCAACGCCUCCAGAGAUACGACGCCCUGUCAAGAGAAGGAGAAGAGGCACAAAUGAUUCUUCAGAUGACGUGAUUGAAAUACAUUCGGAUAGUGAGCGACCCUCACGACCCUCACGACCCUCAAGAGCUUCAAGAGCUUCAAGAGCUUCUCGUGGUAAUUAUACAAGAGGAUUGGUAUCUAGACCUAGAGGAACACUAGGGAAUGGAGGCGACGUUUAUUCUGUUUCCUCCUCCGAUGAUGAUAAUGAUGAUGACGAUGUUCAGAUUAUAUCGGCUAACCAGUUUAACUCAACUGCAACCGGUGUACAAGGUACCUUUAAUGAGGGAGCACCUUCCCGGAGUACCGGAGAAACAGCAACACGAGGGAGCAGAGAAAGCAUUUCUAACAGAGACAGUGGAAAUAGUAGAAGCCAUAAUACUACGAACAACACACCUCAUAAUCAGUCAAAUGAUACAUCUACACCUCAUAAUCAGUCAAAUGAUGCAUCUACACCUCAUAAUGUUGACGACAACUCAUUUAGCAGCUUGGACGAUUCAGACGAAAUCCAAAUCAUGGAAGUACGGCGAUCUCAAUCUCCCUUCAUUCACACCCCAGCUGGCCCAUUUUCUUAUAUAACGAACGAAAAUGCCACACAUACUCCUUGGCGGCAGAGCGCAGCCCAAGAUCAAGAUCAAAACCAAAAUCAGAGUCAAGCAAGACCCAACAUAGAUACUGAUGACCGUCUCCUACAACAUAGAAGACGAAUACGGGCCUUAACCCGUAGACGAAUACGACAGUUACGAGGUGAUGAGGAGACUGGGGUACACUCUCCUUCUGGGCCCAGCGAAAGUACUAACCAAGAUACGAGGAACAAUCAUUCUACAAACCAGAAUUCAAGAAAUCAGAACUCUACAAACCAGAAUUCAAGAAAUCAGAACUCUACAAACCAGAACUCUACAAACCAGAAUUCUACAAACCAGACUUCAAGAAACUUACGUUCAAGACCGACGAGGAGACUAGUAAGAGGUACACCGCAGUUUGAGAAUGUAAUGCGGCGAGGUUACGGAGGAGGUUACUGGUUCUCUCGCCAAAAUAGGGAGACCAUAUUUGACCACAUUAGUCGUUACCAUUUCGGGUUGGGUCCCUUUGUUGGUGAUUCUGGGCUCGCCCAUAGACUUUUUAUGGGUCCUCCGGGAAAUUUCGAUGAAGAUGAGUUUGAACAAAAUGUAUUGCGAAGAAUAGAGGAAGACAACAAUAGGACGUUGGAUGCAAGACUACAAAGCGAGUCUGCGUUUAAUAAAAAAUCAAUGGCUGAGAAACAAAAAUUAGUUGAGGAAGAGAAACGAAAAGGAACGCACACAAACACAAUUAAACCUGAAGAUCAUUUGGUUUGUGAGCUAUGUAGUGUUGUAUUGGGGCAAGGAACUCCUGAAGAUUUCAAAGGUGAUGCAAAGUAUGACGCAAAUUUUGCCAAAUACGCUAAACAAUAUAAUACUCAAGCACCUUGGUUCUGCGUGAACCCGUUUACGCUAGCUGACCAUGAUUUGAGCAAACGCAUAUUUGUAGCAAAAUGUGGUCAUGCAUAUUGUGGAAGAUGUGUUAAAAAUAUUGGAGGAAGACCUUCAAGGCGACGGAAAGAGGAUCCUCUGGACUUUACUAUACGAAAUCCAGACAUUUUCUCACCUCGAAAAUGUCCAGCAAAAGAUUGUGCAAAAAGAUUUGUUGCCAAAGCAUUUACUGAAAUAUACUUUUAG